GAGAAUCCAUAUGGGGAUCAUUGGAAGCGUUUAUAAUAAUUACAAGAGGUAGAGAGCGAGAGAGCGAGCGUGUGUCUGCCUCUUCUCUUCUCCUCUCUUCUGGGCGCCGCCUUUAGGGGCCUCUUGCCGAGGACCAUCAGCGUCAUGGCAAGCCACCAGCGGCAGCAAGCAUUGCCGGUGAUCAACAUUGCCCUGCUCGGCGACAAGGACCCCGCCGCACGGGCCCUCGUCGUCCAGGAUAUUGCGCGGGCGUGCCUCGAUCACGGCUGCUUCCAGGUGAUAAACCACGGCGUUAGCAAGAUCGUCAUGGACGGUGCCCUCGAAGCCGCCUCCGAGUUCUUCGACAUGUCUACAGGAUACAAGGAGGUGCACGCGUCAGAUGACAUCCGAAGCCCGGUCCGGUACGACACGACCUCGAGGGACGGGAUCAGCAAGUCCAGGUCCUUCCUCAAGCACUACGCCAAUCCCCUGGACGACUGGAUAAACUUAUGGCCAAUGCAACCUGCAACAUAUAGGGAGAAAAUGGGAACGUACUCCGUGGAAAUACAGAGUCUGUCAGUGCAGCUCAUGGGAGCCAUUGUGCAGGGCCUGGGACUAGGGUCAAUGUACCUGCACGACAAACUUGGAGAAGGAUUACAGUUCGUGGCCCUCAACAACUACCCACAGGGAUCAUCGCUGGCAGGCGACACUGUCGGGCUGGCGCCUCACUCCGACUACGGCUUCAUCACCAUCCUGCUGCAGAGCUCCCCGGGGCUCGAGGUGAUGCACCACGACGACCAUGCCUGGACGCCGGUCCCGGCCAUCCCGGGGGCUCUCCAUGUCCAUCUCGGUGACCACCUGGAGGUGCUGAGCAAUGGCCGGCUCAGGUCACUUAUGCACCGGGCAAUCCUUAAUACCGAUGAAGCCAGGAUUUCUAUUGCCAGCAUCCAUGGUGUAGCAAUGGAUGAAAACGUCGAAUGCGCCGAGGAGCUCGUCGAUGAGGGCCACCCCAAGAUGUACAGGGAGAGCAGCUUCCGUGACUUCCUCGACUUCCUGCCCACAAACGUCAAAACAUACCGGAGGUUCGUCCAGACCCUCAAGAUCGACACAGCUGCUUAUAAAGAUGAAGAACGCAUUGGUUCUGCUACAUUAAGGCAUAGCUGAAUGAGACUCUUCACACAAGUGUCCAAUUGGCUGUGCCUUGAUGCCAGAGAACUGAACCGUUUACCUAUGCCUCAAUUACCAAGUAUAUUAGUACAAAUAAGGGAGUAUGGUAUCAGCAGAGCUGGAUAGACGUGUGAUUGGCAAGGUUGCAUUUUAUUUCGCCUUUUCUUUCUUUGGAGAAAUGCAGUAUAGCUCGCGUCUCUCUUCUAUCAAAAGGAGGUUCAAAGGAAGCUUGCAGGGUUGUUUGGUCCUACACCAUGUGUUGGUCAGUGAAGUCAUACAUAUGUACCAGUUAAUUCUUUUUAUCGCAAUUUCUUUUUUCA